AUGGGAACCGUGAGGAAGAUUGUGUGUGCGGUGAGACAGCAGGGCCUUCAUCGCUUGGUGCUGGCCCUCAUCUUCCUCUGCCUCGUUUCCAUGGUGUACCUGGCUUACCACGUCAGCGCGGGCCCGAAGAUCAGAGAAGCCCCUCCACUGCCUCUGGGUGACUGCGUUGCCAUGGCUCCCAUGGUGGGGGACAGGCAGAGAACAUUCCCCCCCUCCCAGCCCGUUUUACAGCGUUUGAGCGUCCAGAAAUUGGACGGGUCACGUACCGAGCCCGUUAUCCUGCUGUUCGUGGAGAGCAUCUACUCCCAGCUGGGCCAGGACAUCAUCGCUAUCCUUGAGUCCAGUCGUCUCCGCUACCGCAUGGAACCUGCCCCCACCAAGGGCACCCUGCCUCCCCUGGCGUGGUUCGGCCACGGCCGUGGGCACUACGCCCUGGUCAUCUACGAGAAUCUACUGAAAUACGUCAACCUGGAGCCCUGGAACCGACAGCUGCUGGACAAGUACUGCCAGGAUUACGGUGUUGGCAUUGUUGGCUUCUACCGCGCCAGCGAUGGCUCUCCGUCCAGCGCCCAGCUCCGUGGCUUUCCCCUCUUCCUGCGUUCCAACUUACCGCUCUGGGAACACCGGAUCAACCCCAACUCCCCGCUUCUCCACAUCACACGACCCAACGGGCUGGAGCCUGGCCCUCUCCCUGCCGAGAACUGGACCGUCUUUCUGUCCAAUCACAGCACGUACGAGCCGGUGCUGUUAGCCAAUCACAAGCCCUCGGGUCUCAGCCAGAGCCUAAGCCCCUCCCACCAGCAGAGGCUGACGCUGGCCACGGUAACACAGGACCUGGGGCUUCAUGACGGCAUCCAGCGGGUGCUCUUUGGGGGUGGGCUCUCAUUCUGGCUCCACAAAUUGCUGUUUGUGGAUGCCAUUGGCUACCUGACAGGCAGGCAUCUGGGCCAAUCGCUGGACAGGUACCUGCUGGUGGACGUGGAUGACAUUUUUGUGGGGAAAGAGGGCACACGGAUGAAAGUGUCAGAUGUGGAGGCCCUGCUUCACACACAGAACAACCUCCGUGCUCUGGUGCCAAACUUCACGUUUAAUCUGGGCUUUUCUGGCAAGUUUUUCCACGCAGGGACAGAUGAGGAAGACCUUGGGGACGACAUGCUCUUAACACACAGACACAAGUUCUGGUGGUUUCCUCAUAUGUGGAGUCACAUGCAGCCGCACCUCUUCCACAAUGUCAGCACGCUGUCUGAACACAUGAGACUCAACAAGCAGUUCGCACAGGAUCAUGGGAUUCCCACUAAUAUGGGUUAUGCUGUGGCCCCCCAUCACUCAGGGGUGUACCCUGUCCACACCCAGCUGUACCUGGCCUGGAAAAACGUGUGGGGUAUUAAAGUGACCAGCACAGAGGAGUACCCCCACCUCAAACCUGCACGCUACCGCAGGGGCUUCAUACACACCGGCAUUCAGGUUCUGCCGCGGCAGACGUGUGGACUCUUCACACACACUAUCUUCUAUAAGGAUUAUCCAGGAGGACCACAGGAAUUGGACAAGAGCAUCCGUGGAGGAGAGCUUUUCCUUACGCUCCUUCUUAAUCCAGUCAGUAUUUUUAUGACUCAUCUGUCUAACUAUGGGAACGACCGCCUGGGCCUUUAUACGUUUGAGUCCCUGGUGAAGUUUGUUCAGUGCUGGACAAACCUGCGUUUACACACGUUGCCCCCAGUGCAGCUGGCACAGAAAUACUUCCAGAUUUUUCCUGAGGAGAGAGAUCCCCUGUGGCAGAAUCCGUGCCAUGAUAAACGACACAAAGACAUUUGGUCCAAAGAGAAGACCUGUGAUAGGCUGCCCAAGCUGCUCGUCAUAGGCCCUCAGAAGACAGGUUCUACUGCUUUGCACUUGUUCUUGUCCCUCCAUCCUGCCAUCUCCAGUAGUUUCUCCAGUUCAGUGACCUUUGAGGAGGUGCAAUUCUUCAGCGGACCCAACUAUCAGCGCGGCAUCGACUGGUAUAUGGAUUUUUUUCCAGUGCCUUCCAAUGUCAGUACUGACUUCCUGUUUGAGAAGAGUGCCGAUUACUUUGACUCAGAGUCAGCUCCACAGAGAGCAGCUGCCCUUCUCCCCACAGCUAAAAUAAUCACCAUUCUCAUCAACCCUGCGGACCGUGCCUACUCAUGGUACCAGCAUCAGAGAGCUCAUGAGGACCCUGUUGCUCUGAACUACUCCUUUGGGCAGGUGAUAGCGGCAGGCUGGUCAUCUCCUGCGGCCCUGCUCUCUCUCAAACAUCGCUGUCUCCACCCAGGAGCCUACAGCACACACCUGGAGAACUGGUUACAGCACUACCAGCCCAGUCAGCUGCUGAUUGUGGAUGGUGUCCAGUUGCGUGCUAAUCCAGUCCUGGUGAUGGAUGGAGUGCAAAGGUUUCUGGGAGUUUCACCAUAUUACAAUUACACGCAGGCACUACAGUUUGAUGAGGGGAAAGGAUUCUGGUGCCAGAGGAUGGAUGGAGGUCACACUCGUUGUCUGGGGAAGGGUAAAGGCAGGAAGUACCCAGAUAUGAGUCCUGAGGCACGGAGCUUCCUGUCGGAGUUUUAUCGGGAGCAGAACAUCCAGCUGCUGAGGUUGCUGAAGCGUUUGGGGCAGCCGUUGCCCGUCUGGCUGAGAGAAGAGCUACACAGUGCCAGCUGGAGCUGA